UUAAAAUAUGGCGUCAAGGCGGCGUUGUUCCUAUCGGAGAGUGCGUUUAGUUUAGCAAACGAUCUAACGAUUGAUCGUCAAAGUCGUCAAAUGCUAGUUCCAGUAUUACUGAAAAUCCACUGUUUAUGUUUCUGAUUGGUUGAGCGAUUCGUGAAAUGUUAAUGGAGUGGUCGAAAGACAAAACUUUGAAACUAAUCGAAUUAUUGCAGCUGAAUGCAAAUUUAUGGAAUCCGUCCCUGUGCGAUACCCGCAGGGACAAACAGAAACGUAAGGAGGAGCUGCGCGGAAUAGCUGACCUACUGAACAUAUCAGUGUCUGAUGCUACCAAGAAAAUACAGCAUCUUAGAACACAAUACAACAGGGAGUCUGCUCGUGAAGUACGGGCUAAUAGCGAGGGCCCGAAUGAAAGCUACAUUAGCAAUUGGUACGCGUACGAAUAUCUACACUUUAUGAAGGACUCUAAUAAACCAUAUAGAGUUUUACAAUCGGAGGACCAUCCGGAAAUUAACAUCACUUUGCAACCAACAGAGAACUCAGUCUGUAAACUUGACAAUCUCUCACCACCAUCUAAAAUAGCUCGGACUGAUUUGCUACACUCUUAUAAACCUGAAAUUGUUUACCCAGCAACAUCUGUAAACAGGGAUGAGUUUUCAGUAUUUGGAGAAUAUGUUGCCAAUGAAUUAAGGUCUUUAAAAGGAGAAAAGAACUUACUUGUGGCAAAGAAGAAAAUACAAGACAUUAUAUUUGAAGUUAAAAUGGGUAUGAUAAAUGAGCCAAGAGUAGAGCAAACUGCACAUACAUGCACAGUUUAUACACCAUCAACACAGCCACAUACAACUAUUCACAAUGGGAAACUUUAUACAACUCCAGUAAUGAGUACUAUACCUAUAGAAACAUUAGCAACGUCUCAAGCAACACCUACUUCAGGGAUCAGUGAAAUAAUCAUUAACGGUGCAUGCCACUACUCAACAUUCAAAGUUGAUGAACAAUAGCAGUGUCAGCCACUUCCCAGUGUGGAAGUGGACAAAAGUGACAGUUAUAUUAGAAAUUAAUAGACUUAUAAUAUACAAAAAACAGUGCAUUACAAAAUUCCAUAUAAUUGUUAACAUUUUAUUUGUAACUUUACUUUUUGAUGUAAGUUUGUCAAUAUAUUGGAUAUUUAUGGUUAUACUAUAUAACCAUAGCCAGUGAGCAGUGAUAGGUUGAGACUUUGGAUUUCACUUUAAGAAGUCAGAGUUUAAAUUCCAACAUGCUUCUUUCUAAGUUACGAGUAUGUGCGUUUUAACCAAUUAAAAUAUCACUUACAGUGUAGGUGAAGGAAAACAUAAUAAGUCAAUCUUCAUGCCUGAAGUUCUUUACAACAAAAGUUGAUGCACUACAGCCUAAAUAAACUAUUGUCUAAUAGGGGAGGAGACAAGUGUAGACGGCUGGUAGUGGCUUGAUAUGAUAACGAUAUUGAUGAUGAUCAAGUGGGUAUAAAAUAUAACAAAGGUGUUUUCUAUUAAUGCUUUCCAGAGACAAGGUAAUUGUGUAAAAUUUUUAAAACAUGUCACAUAAUGAUAAGGGCUGCACCCAUAAUAAUAAUGUAAAGCAAAGUUACCAUAAUUAGUUGAAUUUUCGCAAUUAGAGCUACUUUAACCGCCUCGACAAGAGCAUCAAGAAACAAAGUUUAUAAACAAUGUACCUACCCCACCAGCGCGUCGAAUUACCUGGCUAUCACUAUGUUUGUUUGGUUACAAAGAGCCUUAGCAUGUUAUCAAUUACCCUUAAACCUUCCUGAGGAAUUGAGCUAUCAACUUUUGUUUAUCCAUCUGAUAGUUCCAGAGAUAAGCAUGUUCAAACAAAAAAACAAACUCCAGCUUUAUUAUUAUUAUUAUACAUUUAUAUAAAGAUUGAAUUUUAAAGCUCUUAUUUGAGUUGAGUAGGUGUGAGUUGAUAUGUUUGAAGGUAAUAAAUUAAUAGUAUCUAGUCAACAGCAAAGGUCUCAAUAAUGAUAAGUCUUGGUAAGUGACCAGAUUGCCCAUAAUGUGACAUAUUAUAGCAAUAGUUUAAUCUUGCAUGUUAUUUUUAUAAUACAAGCAGUUGGUAACAAAAGUGAUGUUUAAAUUAUAAAUAAGUAUUAACAUAAGUUUAAGUAUGCUAUCUUCAUCUACAGCUAAAGGGAACUCCCCUUUUGCUGUAGAUGAUUGAUAGAUGAUGAUUUAAUAACACUGUGUAAAAAUUAUCCACCCAAUUGCCCAUCAAGCUGCAUCAGAGCUGGGUGGGUCUAUGCCAUAAACUUCUAUGCUUAGUCAUCAGUAGGCUGAGAAUGAAUGAAUACAUAAUUAUGGAUUUAAAAUUGUGGUGUCGUUCAACAAUUUUUGUUGUCGUAACAUUAUAACUUCAACAGUAAUGUAUGUCAAACAGUGUACCUUAGUAAUUGUCUUAAAAUAUGUUCUUAAUAAAUUAAACAAGCAAACAUAAUA